UCUGAUCAACAAUUAUCAAACCCCAUUUCAGAAAUUCCACUGCUAUCAUCACUACUAGGCUAGCUGUGGAUUUGUGGGGUGUGUUUUCUCAAUUUCUCUCCCAUCUUCAUGAUCCAUAGCUCAUCAACAAUUUGCGAUUGCCACAAGCCCAGAUAUAGAUAGAGAGGUAUCUACACAUGUAACAUGAAUGAGAAGAGAGAGAGAAGGAGGGAGAGAUUCUCUCUCCGCGACUUGGCAUUAGGUUUCAAUCGUAUUGCCAGAUGGUGAAAUGCUCUUUACACGAUUUGAUUCUGAUCUCUCGCCCAUCACAUUUUUGUUGAAUCGCAUUAAUAUCACACUAAUUGUAGUCCGUCUCCUAGUCAUCGGAUUCCGUCAUUUUCUAGGUUUGAAGAUUGAUAUCUGUACAGAUUGUUAUGGAUAUCAAUCUUGUAUUCAAUGCUGCCUCUUCACCCCAAAACCAUCUCCUCGCCUCCUUCCUUCAUGUUCCUGUCCUCGAAUUAGCCUCAAUUUGCAUCAACUUGACUCUGCUGCUCGUGUUUCUCUCUGUUGUUUCCGCGAGGCAGGUUGGAGUCUGUGUAGGCCGGAUUCGAGUGAGGAAAGAGGACUCCAACACCAAUUCUGUGGACAGUGCUGAGCAGAUUCAGAGCUUUGUGAUAACUAAUAGCUACAAGGCUUCGGUAUCUUGUUGCUUCUAUGUCCUGUUUGUGCAAGUUCUGGUGCUGGGGUUUGAUGGUGUUCGUAUAGUAAAGGCGGUUGCGCAAGGGAAGGGUGAUAGAACACACUGGGCUUAUGUUCUCUUGCCUGCAGUUCAGAGUUUAUCUUGGUUUGUGCUGAGUUUCUCAGCUCUUUAUCUAAAAUGCAAAGUUGCUGAGAAAUUCCCAUUGCUGUUGAGAGUUUGGUGGAUUGCAUCUUUUGGAAUUUCUCUGUCUAUUCUAUAUGUUGAUAGCAGAGGAUUUGUGCUAGAAGGAUCAAACCAUUUGAAUUCUCAUGUUUUGGCAAAUUGUUUUGUCGUUCCUGCUCUUGCUUUUUUAUGUUUUAAUGCAAUCAGGGGUGUCACCGGCAUUGAGGUCCCCAGGAAUCCUGAUCUGCAAGAGCCAUUACUGCUUGAAGAAGAGGCAGGGUGUCUCAAAGUUACUCCAUAUAGUGAAGCUGGGAUUUUUAGUUUGGCUACUCUUUCCUGGUUGAAUCCACUUCUUUCAACCGGGGCAAAGAGGCCCCUUGAACUAAAGGAUAUUCCACUACUUGCGCAGAAAGAUCGUUCCAAGACUAACUAUAAAGCAUUGCACUCUAAUUGGGAGAAGAUGAAGGCUGAGGGUCCUGUGACGCAGCCUUCUUUAGCUUGGGCUAUUAUCAAGACUUUCUGGAAAGAGGCUGCCUGCAAUGCUAUUUUUGCAGGCGUAAACACCUUAGUUUCUUAUGUGGGCCCAUACUUGAUUAGCUAUUUUGUGGAUUACCUAGGAGGGAGGGAGACUUUCUCACAUGAGGGAUACAUUCUUGCUGCAAUAUUUUUCACUGCAAAGUUGGUGGAGACCUUAACAACUCGGCAGUGGUACCUUGGUGUCGACAUUUUGGGUAUGCAUGUGAGAUCAGCUCUCACGGCAAUGGUCUACCGCAAGGGACUCAAACUUUCAAGCUCAGCUAGGCAAAGUCACACUAGCGGUGAGAUUGUUAACUACAUGGCAGUUGAUGUUCAAAGAGUUGGGGACUAUUCCUGGUAUCUUCAUGACAUAUGGAUGCUUCCUCUCCAAAUUAUCCUUGCUCUUGCUAUUUUAUACAAGAAUGUUGGGAUCGCAUCUGUUGCCACACUUAUUGCCACAAUUGUGUCGAUCGUUGCAACUGUUCCAUUGGCAAGGGUUCAGGAAGAAUACCAGGACAAAUUAAUGGGGGCAAAAGACGAUAGGAUGAGGAAGACUUCAGAAUGCCUUAAGAAUAUGAGGAUCCUCAAAUUGCAAGCAUGGGAAGAUAGAUACAGACUCAAGCUAGAAGACAUGCGCAAUGUGGAAUUCAAGUAUCUGAGGAAAGCGCUUUACUCCCAGGCUUUCAUCACAUUUAUUUUCUGGAGCUCACCUAUAUUUGUCUCAGCUGUUACAUUUGGAACUUGCAUUUUGUUGGGUGGUCAGCUAACAGCUGGCAGUGUUCUGUCUGCCUUGGCUACUUUUCGUAUUCUGCAAGAGCCACUUAGAAAUUUCCCCGACUUGGUUUCAAUGAUGGCUCAGACUAAAGUUUCCCUUGACCGAAUCAUGGGAUUCUUGCAGGAUGAAGAGCUGCAGGAAGAUGCUACUAUCACAUUGCCACGAGGUCAAUCCGAUGUGGCUAUAGAGAUCAAUGAUGGAGAGUUCUCAUGGGAUCCAUCUUCACCAACACCAACCCUGUCAGGCAUUCAAUUAAGGGUGGAGAAGGGAAUGCGUGUAGCAGUCUGCGGAGUGGUUGGUUCGGGUAAAUCAAGCAUCCUCUCUUGCAUCCUUGGUGAGAUUCCGAAAAGAUCUGGCGAAGUUAGAACAUGUGGUUCUGCUGCAUAUGUCUCUCAAUCAGCUUGGAUACAAUCAGGAAAUAUAGAGGAAAAUAUCUUGUUUGGGAGCCCAAUGGACAAGGCAAAAUACAAGGGUGUUAUUCAUGCUUGUUCACUAAAGAAAGAUUUGGAGCUAUUAUACCAUGGUGAUCAAACCAUUAUUGGUGAUAGAGGUAUUAAUCUUAGUGGUGGCCAGAAGCAGCGAGUACAACUUGCUCGGGCAUUGUAUCAUGAUGCUGACAUUUAUUUACUGGAUGAUCCUUUCAGUGCUGUUGAUGCACAUACUGGCUCUGAGCUAUUUAAGGAGUAUAUACUGACAGCUCUAGCUGGAAGAACUGUUGUCUUUGUCACUCAUCAAGUUGAAUUUUUGCCUGCAGCUGACUUGAUUUUGGUUUUGAAGGAGGGCCGUAUCAUUCAAGCUGGAAAAUAUGAUGAGCUUUUGCAAGCAGGAACAGAUUUUAAUACACUUGUGAGUGCUCAUCAUGAAGCCAUUGAAGCCAUGGAUUUUUGCAACCAGUCAUCUGAAGAAUCUGAUAAACAUGAUCCACUUGAUAGCUCGGUGAUCAUGAGUAAGAAAUGUAAUUCUGUUGGAAGCAAUAUUGCCGGAAUGGCUAGUGAAGUCCAACAAAAUGUCUCAUCUUCAGAUAUGCAAGCAAUCAAAGAAAAAAAGAAAGUUAAACGUUCUAAAAGAAAGCAACUUGUGCAGGAAGAGGAAAGGGAGCGCGGAAGAGUUAGCAUGAAAGUGUAUCUCUCAUAUAUGACAGCUGCUUAUAAGGGCUUACUGAUUCCAUGCAUUAUCCUCGCACAAACAUUAUUUCAGGUCCUUCAAAUAGCCAGUAGUUGGUGGAUGGCUUGGGCAAAUCCGCAAACCACAGGGGACAAACCUAAAACUACUAAUGUCGAGCUUAUUGUUGUUUAUACCGCACUUGCUUUUGGCAGCUCCUGCUUCAUAUUCAUCAGGGCUGUUCUUGUUGCUACUUUUGGUCUUGCGGCUGCGCAGAAACUAUUUGUGAAAAUGCUUAGGACAGUUUUUCGAGCACCGAUGUCAUUCUUCGACUCUACUCCAGCUGGACGCAUACUGAACCGCGUGUCAAUUGAUCAAAGUGUUGUGGAUCUUGAUAUUCCCUUCAGACUAGGCGGUUUUGCUUCAACGACAAUCCAACUUCUUGGCAUUGUUGGAGUGAUGACACAAGUUACCUGGCAAGUUUUGCUUCUCGUUGUCCCUAUGGCAAUUGCUUGCUUGUGGAUGCAGAAAUACUAUAUGGCUUCAUCGAGAGAACUAGUCCGCAUUGUUAGCAUACAGAAAUCUCCAGUGAUAAAUCUCUUUGCCGAAUCCAUUGCUGGAGCAGCUAAUAUCAGAGGUUUUGGACAAGAAAAAAGAUUCAUGAAGAGGAAUCUGUAUCUUCUAGAUUGCUUUGCUCGCCCGUUCUUCUGCAGUCUUGCAGCCAUCGAGUGGCUUUGCUUGCGCAUGGAAUUACUCUCAACUUUUGUAUUUGCUUUUUGCAUGAUCUUACUCGUGAGCUUCCCUCCAGGAGCUAUAGACCCAAGUAUGGCUGGCCUUGCAGUGACAUACGGCCUCAACUUGAAUGCACGUCUAUCAAGAUGGAUUCUCAGUUUUUGCAAGCUUGAAAACAAAAUCAUCUCCAUAGAAAGGAUUCAUCAAUACUGCCAAAUACCUAGUGAAGCGCCACCAGUUAUUGAAGACUCUCGUCCACCAUCCUCGUGGCCCGAGAAUGGACAAAUUGAGCUUAUUGAUCUUAAGGUUCGCUACAAGGAGAAUCUUCCCAUUGUGCUCCAUGGUGUCUCCUGCACAAUUCCUGGUGGGAUGAAAAUUGGAAUUGUUGGUCGUACUGGAAGUGGCAAAUCUACCUUGAUCCAGGCCCUAUUUCGAUUGAUUGAGCCUGCAGGUGGUAGAAUAAUUAUUGACAACAUUGAUAUCUCAACGGUCGGUCUUCAUGAUCUCAGGAGCCGCCUGAGUAUCAUACCCCAAGAGCCAACAUUAUUUGAAGGAACUAUCAGAGGCAACCUCGACCCUCUGGAAGAGCAUUCGGAUCACACCAUCUGGCAGGCUCUUGAAAAGUCUCAGUUGGGAGAGAUAGUUCGCCAGAAAGAGCAUAAAUUAGAUACACCGGUUUUAGAAAGUGGAGAUAAUUGGAGCGUGGGGCAGCGGCAGCUAGUGUCUCUCGGCCGUGCCUUGCUCAAACAGGCGAGAAUCUUGGUUCUUGAUGAAGCAACAGCCUCGGUUGACUCGGCCACAGAUAACCUGAUCCAGAAAAUAAUAAGAACGGAGUUUAAGAAUUGUACUGUCUGUACAAUUGCUCAUCGCAUCCCUACAGUCAUCGAUAGUGAUCUGGUUUUGGUCCUCAGUGACGGUCGGGUAGCAGAGUUCGACACUCCAGCACGACUAUUGGAGGACAGGUCUUCCAUGUUUAUGAAGCUGGUUUCUGAGUACUCAUCAAGAUCGAGUAGCAUUCCCGAAUUCUGAUCCCACAUUGUAUGUCUGGAAAUCGCGAAGGAAGAGAGCUCGGUCCUACAAAAUAGACGGGCAGACGGGGUGAAGUGAGCAUCAGCAGGUACGGAUACUCUCCCUGGCCACAUGGAAAUGCAAGUCGUGACUGGUUUGAUCUGAGAUGGGAUAUAUUUGAAGGAAGGAGAGUUGGUGCAGCCUCCAAUGUGUAUAUAUGAGGAAUAAGUUUCUAGUUAGAACAAGCAAAAGAAGCAGCCUUUUGUAUUUUUACAAGAGCAAUAAAACUACAGUCAAUUAUUGAUGUAAUGCCCCUUGUAGACUAUUUACCUUUUAAAGUAAAUUCUGGUGUUUAUAUGGAUUCA